AUGGCCAAGUCCACCAACCACACCGCGCACAACCAGUCGUACAAGAACCACCGCAACGGCAUCAAGAAGCCCAAGAAGCAGGCGAAGAGGUCGACCAAGGGCAUGGAUCCCAAGUUCCUCCGCAACCAGAGGUACUGCAAGAAGGGCAGCAAGCUCGCCGCGGCUAAGGCGUAA